AUGAUAAAUCCACGAAUUCAUGAACCUUUAAUAUACAAUAUUGACAAUAAACAAAUAUAUGAUGUUACCGAUUUAGACAACACGGAAAUUAUUGACAAUUAUACGAUAUAUCCUGACUACAAAUGGGUCAAUAACAUCCUAGCUUCUCAUACAACUUCUCACAUCGGACAUAAUUUUUGCCAAGAAUGCACAAUUCUGCAACAUGUAUUAUACUACCAUUUUAAAAAUGUAAAUUUUGCUACAAUAGGUGUUAAUAUUAAUGGAAAACUUGCACAUUUAACAGGAUCAAAUUGUGGAUUUCCAGAAUUCAAUCCUAAGGUUCAUUCAUUGCAAGUAUACAAGAAAGUAGCUAUUGGAUUUACGUAUCAUGGCUCCUUUGGCCAUUUCAUAAACGACAUGGUUUGUGGAUUGAUCGCAUUACCUUCAAACAUCACUUUGGAUGCUGAAAUUUUCAUUAAAUACGACAUCGCUGAUGCCAAGCGUUUUCUUGGACACCUUGGAUUCGAUAGUACUAGAGUGCACGAACUUACUGAUGACUACAUAUAUGCAAAGGAUGCUUACAUUGCCUGCUCAAAAGCUGGAUGGAAUGCAUUGCAAAUUGCAUGGGCAGAUUUAAGAAGUAUUUUUUAUCGCCGUUUUAAUCUUGACAAAAUUGAGCCUAUGCAGCAUUCAGUAUAUAACAAAUUGGAAGGAACAUGGGAACAUGUUUCUAAUAUCGACUUCUUACUCAACUGGUCUAGAACUACCUAUCCUCAAUAUAAUUGGAUAUUGUACGAUUAUUGGACCUCGAGAAAUUUCACAUUUUUGGCAAAAGUCGUUGCUAGUUCAAAAAUUCUUAUGAUUGGCGCAGGAUCUUUUGUCUUCAAUGAUAUAUUUUUGCAUAAAGGAUGCGGUUGCUAUAUAUUUGGAAACACUUGCAAUGAUCAAAAUGUUUAUUUCUCUGGAUUAACAUUGCAAUUAUAUGUUGUAUAUGUUGCAAGCCCUCAUUUCAGAUGGCAUUUGGUACAGCCAUCAGAAUUUGAUGUUAAUCUUUACAAAGAAACUAUAGCUGAUCUGAUAUGCGCUGUGUAUAAGGGAGAAUGGCCAAAAGACGUGUCUAAAAGGUUUAGAAUACCAUUUAAUUCGGAAGAAGUUUAUAAUAAAUACAUAGGAAUGUUUAAUGGGACGACUAAUUUGCAAAUAACUCGUAAGAAAAUGAUAUAUUAUUGA